AUGGCUUCCCAACACCACGCUAAUUCCAAACGUAGAUCGUAUGACGUCAAAUCAACUAAAAAAGCGACUUAUCACUUAGGCGUAAAAAUUCAACCAAAACCAAAACCUAAAUUGAGUCGUAAAGUAGUUAACAAGCAAUUUAAGACCGAUGAGGACUUAACGACUUUCAUUCUACAUGAAGGGACUUUCAAAGACCGGAUUACUGCUAUGGCUUUACUAAGCAUUAGAGAGUGCAGUGAAGAGGCGGCUAGAAUGCUUUUAAGGAUUGCUAGUGAAGAUAAUGGUGGAGAUAAGUCUUAUCUAGCUAUUACUCAUGCCGUUAAGAUAGUAAGUUACUAUCAAGAAUGUUUAGCUGAAACUGAACCAAGUAAAGAGUCAGUUGAGUUUAUUGAGUUUAUUGAUAAGAUUAGGUUUGUUAAAGAGAUAACGAUAGCUCUAAGUAAGCAAAUGAGCUCUUCUUUUUUAAAAAGCAAGAUAGCUACUUUAGCUGCUAGUUUAGUAGAGACUAAUGUCUUAUCUGUGCAGAUAGUUAAUAUUUUAAUGGAUCAUUUAGAUGUAACUCUUGAUCGAGAGAUUGAACGAGUUAUUAAGAUUAUUUGUGAAAAAGAAAGAUUAGAUUUAUUACAAGUUGUUAAAGAUAAGUUGGUUCAAACUAUUGUUUAUCGUCGGAAUAUGAAGAAAGUUAAGUUUGCUAUGACUUUAGUCCUAUCUAUUCAUCGUAAGUACUGGAUGCCCGAUGCAGCAGCUUAUAAGGACUCAGUUGUACCUUUAAUUCGUGGGUAUUCACAAGUCUUAAGUACUAUCUAUGAGGAGAUUGAUAAUCCCAAGACUAAAAACAAGAACGGUCUGUCUGGUUUAGCCUCUUUACUUAGUGGACUACUACGGUUUAUUAAGUGGGAGAAAGCCUUACCACCUACGGCUUUGAAAGAAUCACGAGUAGCUAAGUUCUUUAAGGAGUGUGGUUAUAUGAUUUUUAAGAUAGCUUAUUAUGAUAAUACGAAAUACUCUUUGCCCGCUUUGAAUAUUCUUGAGGUUAUUAAUGAUAUGCAACCGAUUAAUUAUGCUAAGGUUUUGGCCGAUACAAUCAAAAAGUACCUUUACUUAAAUGAGUUCAGUAAGUGUGAGAUUCUUAAUAAGGCUGUUAAUCAAAAAGAACCGGAAGUUCAAGAUAAGGUUAUCAAAAGUGCUUAUAUUACUGAAAUUGGAGGGAAGUAUGCAUUGGGUUGUGCCAUGGUUACUCAGGAGUGUACUGAAACUUUCCAAGCUCGGAUAGGUUUACUUCUCCUGCGUAAGUCUUACAACCCAACUGUAGCUACUGCUGCCAAUGACCUUCUUCAUCUACGACCUAUUCCUAUCUUCAAUCCCUGGCAAUAG